CAGUGGAAGAGGCCAGCUAUAUUGGAAACUUCUGUAAAGCCAAUUGGAGUUAUUUGGCGUAUCAGCUUCUUUUGGACGUGUGCUUGAUUUGAGCUUGCCUUUCGAUUUUGUUGUGUUGGAUUUGAAGCGUUGUGUGAUGAACAGUAGCAUACGGAUGAUGUUGUCCCCGCUGGUGAAGACCAGCCAGCAACAGGCGACGAGACUCACGCCUUCUUCUCUGCUUGUGCUUAGACCUUGCCAGUGCACUGCUUCUCGUGGUGUUGGCUAUCUCCACAGAGGCUCGAGGGUACGUGGUCUUGUGCGUGAUGAGUCGGACUAUCUCGUGAGUCCUAAGGGAAUCCCCUACGGUGUCAGCGAGGAAUCGCUGUCACCUCUGAAGAGACUAUUGGGCGACCAAUACGCCCUACCAGAUGAGGUGUCAUUGCAGGUGCUGACGCAUAAGAGCUUUGCCCAUGGCAAGAAGCCCUUCAACGAGAAGCUGGCGGUGUUGGGGUCCCACUUCCUCAAAUACAAGAGCUCCAUCUAUACGAUCAACACCGACGGCCUGAACCACAUUGGAACGCAGGGCGCCAAACAGAUCAUCUCUGAAAGGGUUUUGGCCAAAUUCGUGGAGAACGCUGGUGUUGGCGAGUCCAUCUACUGGAAGAAGAGAGACCCACUACAAACCGACGCGAAGAAGAGCGGCCAGCACGCGGUAUACGCCAGAACAAGCGAGGCCAUCGUUGGUGCGAUAUUGCUGAACCACGGCAAAGACACCGCCUCCAGGUUUGUCUACGACGUUCUGCUCAACGGUGAAGAUGGCCUCGUCAAGGCGGCAUCCCAGAUCCGCUCAUCACAACCACAACCUCAGACCACCGCCUAAAGAGCACAUCCUUAAGCGGCAGCCGCCCCAGAGCUCCCGCCUGCCGCCCUAGAGCGCCCGCCUAGAGACCUCCUCCUCCU